UGCCAAGGGCCAGUACCUGUUUGACCUUCUCUGCCACCACCUGAACCUGCUGGAGAAGGAUUACUUUGGCAUCCGCUUUGUGGACCCCGACAAGCAAAGGCACUGGCUGGAGUUUACCAAGUCGGUUGUGAAGCAGAUGCGGGCCCAGCCUCCCUUCACCAUGUGCUUCCGUGUCAAGUUUUACCCCACGGACCCCGCGGCGCUGAAGGAGGAGAUCACCAGGUACUUGGUGUUCCUGCAGAUCAAGAGGGAUCUGUACCACGGGCGGCUCCUGUGCAAGACGUCGGACGCGGCGUUGCUGGCUGCCUACAUCCUGCAGGCUGAGAUCGGUGACUACGACCCAGGGAAGCACCCGGAAGGCUACAGCUCCAAGUUCCAGUUCUUCCCCAGACACUCGGAGAAGCUGGAGAGGAAAAUCGCGGAGAUCCACAAGUCGGAGCUGAGUGGGCAGACACCAGCUACUUCAGAGCUGAAUUUCCUCAGGAAAGCCCAGACUCUGGAGACUUACGGGGUUGACCCACACCCGUGCAAGGACGUGUCCGGCAACGCGGCGUUCCUGGCCUUCACCCCCUUCGGCUUCGUGGUCCUGCAGGGAAACAAGAGAGUUCACUUCAUCAAGUGGAACGAGGUGACCAAGAUGAAAUUCGAAGGGAAGACUUUCUAUCUGUACGUAAGUCAGAAGGAGGAGAAGAAAAUCGUUCUCACCUAUUUUGCGCCGACACCAGAAGCCUGCAAACACCUCUGGAAGUGUGGGAUCGAGAACCAGGCUUUCUACAAGUUGGAGAAGUCGAGCCAGGUGCGGACGGUGUCCAGCAGCAACCUGUUCUUCAAGGGCAGCCGCUUCCGAUACAGCGGCCGCGUCGCCAAGGAGGUGAUGGAGUCCAGCGCCAAGAUCAAGAGGGAGCCCCCCGAGAUUCACCGGGCCGGGCUGGUGCCGAGCCGGAGCUGCCCCUCCAUCACGCACGGGCCCCGGCUGAGCAGCGUGCCCCGCACCCGGCGGAGAGCCGUCCACAUCUCCAUCAUGGAAGGCCUGGAGUCCCUCCGUGACAGCGCCCACUCGACCCCGGUGCGCUCGGCUUCCCACGGCGACGCCUUCGCGGGUCCCGGCCGGGGCGGCCGCGCCGAGAGCAGCGAGCGGGUGGCCGUGAUCGCCGACGAGAGCUACAGCCCCGCCGACAGCGUGCUGCCCACGCCCGUGGCCGAGCACAGCCUGGAGCUGAUGCUGCUGUCCCGCCAGGCCAACGGGGCCCCGUGCAGCAUCGAGGAGGAGAAGGAGUCGGAGGCGGGCACGCCGGCGGCGGAGGCGGAGGGCGAGCUGCGGGCUCUGUGCCCGGGCGCCGGGGGCCUGGGGCCGGCACAGGCCCAACAGGUGAAUAAGUUUCUUUUAAGUGUCCUCCGUUUGCUCCUUGUGACAGUUGGACUCCUCUUUGUUUUGCUCCUCCUCCUGAUCGUCCUUACCGAGUCCGACCUUGACACUGCCUUUUUCCGUGAUAUCCGCCAGACCCCAGAGUUCGAGCAGUUCCAUUACCAAUACUUUUGUCCCCUCAGGCGAUGGUUUGCCUGCAAGCUCCGCGCCGUGGUAAACCUGCUCAUUGACACCUGAAGGCAGGAGCCACCACGGGGGCCAGGACCUGCCGCCGGCACUCACUAACCCUCCCCUCCCGACCCAGAGCCCGGCCGGCCGAGGAGGCGGCUUUCCGGGAGGAAGAGGAGGGUGGGCGCAGCCCCCGGAGCCCCCUCCUCCCCGUGCUCCCACCCCCGGAGCCCGCACACCUCCCACCCCGAUCCCCCGCGCACGACUUGGGAAGCACCGAGCAGAGGGGAAUUCGCUGCUCCGCCGCCCGCGCAGCGGCCGGGGCUGGCGGGGCCGUUCCGCAGGAGCUUUAGCAAUGGUGCUACUGAGGUUUCAUUUAACACUCGUGUACUGUUACGGUAUUCGGUCCGCACUGUGCCCGCCGCCCCCGCCCUCCACGAAGCUCUUGGCAGAGCCCGCCCCGCUCCCCGGAGCCUCCUGCGAGGGGACGCGGCCGCCCCGGGUCCCCUCCCCGCAGCGCGGCCACCCGGAGCCCUCGCCCUGCUGCGGACUCGGCCCUUCGCCUCUUUUCUAAGCCUUGAAGCGUCGGUGCUCCCGGGGGCAGGGGAGCAUGGAAGCCAGGGGACGCCGGGCACGCGCGGCCAAACCUGGCGUGGAGCUGGAGUGACUGUGUCAGAUUUCUUGGGAUGACCUUUACCCUCCGCCAGCUGUACCUGUUUUGUAAAAAAAAAAACAAGCAAAAAGGAAAAAAAAAA